ACAACACGUCGUCUGCGACUCUUCGUCAGGGGUUGACAUAAGCCUUUAAAUCCGCUGACAUCAACACGUAAGGCCUUUGAGCGGCAGAAGUGACACGCUGAUGUAAUUGUGAGCCGUCAUUGGUGUGCGGCUUUGAUUAAAACCGUUGUGUCACUUUUUGUACAACGUGCGUGAGGGCGACGAUGCGCUUUUUAAAACAGAGUCGGGGCUCUCUUCAAGGCUGCUCCGGCCUCGCUCGGAGCUUGAAAUGUUCACCUGCGAGGCAGCGAUCUGGCAACCGUUGCCAGGAAGUGACGUCAGGGGGCUCCCUCUCGGCUUGUCUUCCUGCUUUUGAACACCGCGCUCGAGCGUCGCCGGGUCUGCCAUGUUCAACCCAAGCGACUUGGAGGGCGACGUCGACCACUCCUUUUUUGACAGUGACCGCGACGAAGACCGAGGCGGAGGCGGAGCGGGAGCGGGAGGCGGAGGCGGCAGCGAGGAAAAUGAAGCGGAAGAAGACGUGCCCGCCCGGACGCCCAGCGGCUCGUUCGUGGCUUUUCUGGCCAGCGAGGCGGCAGGAGACGAGGAGAACAGCAACAGCAACAGCGGCACGGACGACAACCGGGAGCCACCCGCAGCCUCGCACUCGGCGUCGGAGGCUUUCAGCGAGCAGUCCCCCCGAGCCAAGCGGCCGCCGAGUUCCUCUUCCACCGUCUCGAGCCGGUUCAGCUCGCCGGGAGGCUCGCGGAGGAGAGGCCGAGCGCCGUCCGCCCGCGUCCCCAGCAGGGCGUCGAACAGGCCGUCCCUCGCCGAAGCGUCGGACUACACGCUGAGGGACGAGGUCAGUCCGGUCUCCUCGACGUUCCAGCACCUCCAGUUUGCGGAGCCCGAGGAAGGCGGCGCCAAGGGUCAGCGGCGGGGGAGUGCGCCCCCGACCCGAGCCAACAGCAUCCUUCGUCCGCAGGGGACUUUGAAUGCAGACACGGACUCGUUUGCCAGUGGGAGCGUCAUGCAGGACAACCUGAUCCUUCACUGCAGAGGACGGCCGAGCAGGAAGAACUUCACCUUCAACAACAACGAGGUGCGGCGCAUCGACCACGAGAAUCAGCGACUGCUGCGGGUGCUCUCCCGCAUCUCCUUAGCGCCCGGCUCCAUCGUGAACCAGUUCAGCCGCAAGAGCACCACUCCCCACGUCCCCCACAGCUCCGUCAACCGCAUGCGGGAGCAGAAACGCAUCGAUAAGGACAACCAAGCACUCCUGAAGCGGUUGGAGUACGUCAAGUCGACGCCGACGCUCAAGCGUUCCAACCAGCUGUCCGACUACCAGCGUCAAGCCAGAUAUCAGGCCACGCCGUGUGAAGUGUGCGACGCCGCCACCAACAUACUUCCAUCCAGCGGUACGACCUCAACACACACCAAAAUGUCAGCAAAAGGUUUCAUGAAGCUCGGCACGUCUUGUUUUGAUCGAGCGGUCCGAUCUCAUGCAAACGAGCCACUGCUCACCCUUCCCCUUCUAACACGACGCGACGCCAAUGGCGAGUAUGGCUUUUGAUGAAGUGAUGGCCGGGACCCGAGCUUGGGUGUUGCGACAAGGUUAGAGGGUACUACUCGCGGAAGUGUGGCUGCCGACUGAAGUAAAAAAGCAAAAUAGUAUGCAGUGUAAUGUAAUUGGAGGAGGACGCACCGAUACAAUUCUUAAUGAGUGGGUGCACCAAACGCGUGCGCAAACACAAAUCCCUCCUCUCCUAGUCGACAACUUCGCCUGACAUUUUAAGUAUGUGCGCCCUCAUCAAAAUCAAUAAAUUAAGUAUGUGCGCCCUCAUCAAAAUCUUAAAAUAAUCUGCACUACAGCUCCGCUCACCUUUUCGGUUUGACACGAUAACACUCCUGGGGGAUGGCGGCUGCCUCUGCAUGUAUUUCAGACAGUGUAAUGAGGAUCUUCACCCAGCCUAGCACUCAAGUCGUUGGUGGAGGAACUCAAUGUGGAGGCGGUCGUUAUGUAAAUGAGCCCACUGUGACAUCAUAUUCUAGCAAAAUUCACAGAACUGUUUUGCUCAGACAUUUCAUCAAAACGAGCCAGAGAUUUAUGGUGGUCGUUUACGGUUGGUGAUGGUUUAAUUUCAUCCUAAAAAGUACAUUUUCCAUACUUAUGUCCCCUGUCAAGGUAUGUUCCCCAUAAUUGAAAUAUGACAUGUUGGAAUGCGAAUGGGGGAUGUGCCGUG